AUGGGGGCAGCCUCGGUCGUGGGCCAGCACCUGGUGAAUCGUUUUGCACAUCCACUUCGGAUCCAAAAGGUUGGAAAGAAGUUCUUCACCAACUGCCCCCAAGUGGGGAAGGGCAGCCACGUCAUCAUCAACGGCCAUGUGGUCACUAGCAUGCUGUCCGCGGCGGGUCCCCUUUUGCAGCUCGACCUGAUCGACCAGCCGAUCCGCAGGAGGAGCAUCGUGGACAUCAUGCACACUUCCCUGGAAGGCGCAGACAUCUUUGCGCACCAGACGGACCGGGACGUCAAAAGCGAGUGGAUGCGGUUCUGCGUGUCCUCCACGGUGACCACAACCUACAACAGCAGGGUAUACAAGAUCAAGCAGGUCCACUUUGACAAGGAUCCUUCGAACACGUUCAUGAUGUACCAGCGGGAUCAGAAGGAGCACAUGGAGAUCACCUUUGCCAAGUACUACGAGGCCUUCUAUUCCAAGCGAAUCGUCCACAAGUACCAGCCUCUUCUGGAAGCCUAUGCGGAGAAGGAUACGGAGAAGGUCUUCCUGCUGCCCGAACUCUGCACGCCCACAGGAUACACCCCCUCUCCCGGCACCUACAGGGCUGCGGCUGGGAGAAGGGAUGCCCUGAUACCCUGUGCCGUCUAA